AUGUGGGACACUUUCUGCUCCUCUGCCCUCGCAGCGCUGCUGACUUGUGUGUUGUCCUUCAACGUGGACCAGAAGAACAGCCUGUCCUUCGAGGGUCCGCUGAAUGACAUGUUUGGCUACACGGUCCAGCAGUUUGAGAACAGCGAGGGAAAAUGGGUUCUGAUUGGAUCACCUCAUUCAGGCCAACCACGUAACCGAACUGGGGAUGUUUAUAAAUGUCCUGUCGGAAGGAGGGACAACACUUGUGUCAAACUGAAGCUACCAGACAACACUACUAUCAAGAAUGUGCUCGAAAUAAAGGAAAACAUGACCAUGGGAAGCACACUGGUGACCAAUCCCAAUGGAGGAUUUCUGGCGUGCGGUCCUCAGUACGGGUACAUAUGUGGCCAACUCCAGUAUAUCACAGGGGUUUGUGCGAACGUCAGCUCCUCCUUCCAGGUCCUCAACUCCAUAGCUCCUGAAGUUCAAAGCUGUUCAAAUAAACUGGACAUUGUGUUUGUGUUGGAUGGAUCUAACAGUAUCUACCCAUGGGAAAGCAUUGUCAACUUUAUAUGCCGUUUCCUGGAGAAAACCCACUUUGACCCUAAGCAAUCACAAGUGGGCAUAGUGUCCUAUGGUGAGGAUGUAACUCACCAGGUCAACCUCAGCCAGUUUCACAGCAGCUCUGAGCUGCUGAAAUUUGUCAAAAAACUUCCUCAGCAUGGAGGGACAAAGACCCACACUUUCUUGGCUAUCGAGACCGCAAGAAAGGAGGCGUUCACAACAGAGAGGGGUGCACGACCUGAUGCAAAGAAAGUCAUGGUGAUUUUGACUGACGGAGAGUCACAUGACUUCUACAAACAAAAAGAGGUCAUCCGCGAAUGUGAGAAUGAUGGCAUCAUCAGGUUUGGCAUUGCUGUUCUGGGUUACUACAGACGUAGCAAUGGAAGCGAAGAGCAAGUGGAGAAGUUUAUUAAUGAGAUUAAAUCGAUUUCCAGUGAGCCGGUACACGAUCACUUCUUCAACGUGUCUGAUGAAUUUGCUUUGGAGAACUUUGCCGACACGCUGGGAGAUAAGGUUUUUGCUUUGGAAGCAACUUCUGGGAAUCAUACUUCCUCUUUUGAGAUGGAGAUGUCCCAAACUGGGUUUAGUGCACAUUCUUCCAACGAGGGUUUGUUACUGGGAGCAGUUGGAGCAUAUGACUGGAAUGGAACGGUGGUGAUGCAAACAGCUAAACAAACGAUCAUCCCCAAAAAAACUCAGUUUUAUGAUUCAAAGUCUGAGGCUGGGUAUGAAGGACUAGCUGGGUACCUUGGAUAUGAUGUUCAAUCUGCAUCCACUCAUAAAGGAGUGCUGUACAUCACUGGGGCACCGCGGUACAACCACACUGGCCGUGUUGUCAUCUAUCGCAUGGUAGAAGGCAGAAUUUCUGUUUCACAAAUACUGAAAGGAGAUCAGAUUGGUUCCUACUUCGGCAGUGUCCUGCAAACUGUUGACAUUGAUGGAGAUUCGUACACAGACCUCCUUCUUGUUGGAGCUCCAAUGUACAUGGGCUCAGAAAGAGACGAGCAGGGGCAAGUCUACGUCUACAAACUCAACCGGAGGGGCCGGUUUGAGCACGAGUUUACCCUAAAGCCUAUCAACCAGACAUGUUGUGCUGCCCAGUCAGCUGGCUGCACCAAUAAAAAUGAGCCAUGCGGAGCUCGGUUUGGUACUGCCAUAGCAGCUGUGUCUGAUCUCAACCUUGAUGGAUUCAACGACGUAGUGAUUGGUGCACCGUUUGAGAAUGACCACAGAGGAGCUGUUUACAUCUUCCAUGGAGACAAGAAAUCUCUGAAGAAGACGUUUGUACAGCACAUCCCUGCAGGUGGUGAUGGUGAAAAGAUUAAAUUUUUUGGUCAGUCCAUCCAUGGAGUGAUGGAUCUAAAUGGAGACGGCAUCACUGAUGUUACCAUAGGAGGCCUAGGAGGGGCUUCCCUGUUCUGGACCAGAGAUGUGGCAGAGCUGCAUGCUAACAUGACUUUUAACCCUGUUAAAAUCAACCUGCAGCAGUCUCAGUACCAGUGUGAUGGAGGCACCUCGGUGUGUGUGAACACCACCGUUUGUUAUCGCUAUGUUGUAAAAUCUCACAAGAAGGAUGUGAACCCUCCUGCAGAAAUCCGUUAUACGAUUACUCUGGAUGCUCUGCGUGCAAAGGCCAGGGCUUCGUUUGUUGAACAGGGCACUGAGAAAAGUGAUCGCAAGAUUACCAAGACCUUCAAAAUCAAAGACAGAGAAGAGAAAUGCCUGAAAGAAAAAUUCAAAAUGUCGCCCCGGCCCGACUUCAGGGACCCCGUUUUGGUGUCUUUGGAGUUUGGACUAGUUGAAGAAGAUCAAGGGCCUGUCCUGGAUGAAACUCUUCCCAAAUCCAUCAAUAAAACCAUUCCUCUGAUGGAUUGUGGAGGUGACGGAAAGUGCGUCAGUGAACUGUCGCUCACAGCGGAGCCGAGUGUCAAAAGCAUGCUGAUUAAAGCGAAUGCAAGAGACAAGAUUGACGUGAACAUCCGAGUAAGGAACAGCAGAGACAGUGCCUACAACACCAAAGUGAACAUCAGCUUCACACCAAACAUCAAUUAUGUUAAAGUCGAGCCAGAGAAGGAUUGCACUCUGAAUCAUACGAAAGUGGAGUGUGCUGUUGGAUAUCCCUUCCUGGGACAAAAUACAGAGGAGAAUUUCAAAGUGAGGUUUGAGACAAACCCUAACCAAAUACAGGAGAACAUCCAAAUCAACCUGACAGCUACAAGCGACAGUGAAGAGUUGUCGUCUUCUGACAAUACUGUAACAAUCUCCAUCCCUGUGAAGUAUGAACCUGGAGUCAUAUUCAGAGUGAAUCCUGUGGACGCACACAUCGUAGUUAAAGAUGGUGACCAGUAUGCUUUGAAGCACAACGACACUAAGCUGACUUGGGAGGAGGUCAACAUCAACUAUACGGUGGAGAGGUCAGGCGAUGUGAUGACUCCGCCUCUUAACCUCAUAGUGUCGUUUCCUCAUCUGUCUCCGCUGAAGAACAAGAUACUCGACUUGACACAUUUCUCCGCCAGCUCAGGGGUCAAAUGUAACGAAGAGCGCUGGAUGAAUUGGGAUAAAAGCAACCCUUCUGUGAAGGCGCUCAAACCCAAAAAGGAAACCCUCAGUGUCUUUUUGCUGCAAUGUGGACAAACAGACUGCGCGUUCAUCGACUGCUUCAUCCCCGAAACCAAACUGAGUCAGGUCAACGUUACUUUCAGAGUGUGGAAACCUACGUUUAUCGAGGGCGAAUUUUCCAGUUUGUACAUGACGGUGAAUGGUACGUUGAGGAUUACCAACGAACAACUAUACGAGCUCAACAGCAAUGACAAGCACAGAAGUGUGAGAAUCCCAGUUUCAAAAGAAACGGUCGAAGGAAUCCCCAUCUGGAUCAUCAUCAUCAGCAUCCUGAUAGGACUGCUGAUCUUAGCACUCGUCAUCUUUAUUCUCUGGAAGGGUUGA